AAGAUUUAGGUUUUAGAGAGAGAAGAGAUAGAUAAGAACAAAAAAAAAAAUCAGGUAGAGAGAGAAAGAGAGACCUGAUCUUUAACUCUUGCUUUUGGAUUGUUCCAAUGGCAACAAAGAUUUUGAGGUCUCUUUUCUCUUGAAAGGAAGACGGCGUCGUUCUGAGUUUUUGAGUCUCUGUACUUCCCUCCCUCUCCCUCUGUAGGCAUAUUGAAUCUGAUCCACCAUGAUUUUCUCUCUACUCUGAUUUUCUCUCUCUUUACUCUGAAACUAAAUAGAGGGGCGGUGACUAUGGAGUUGUAUAUGACUAUUAUCAGCGUCAUCAUCGACCUUCAAGUGUUUUAUGAAGGUUUUUAGGUUAAUUUGUGAGCUUUAAUUGUCAGAAUCUCAUAUUACUAUUGUUUCAGAUAUUGCAUUUCUUAGGUACUCUGUGAGGAAGAAAAUUUGUUAUAUAUAUAUAUAUAUAUAUAUAUAUAUAUAUAGAGGGAGAGAGAGAUUUAAACUGGAAUCUGAAUAAACUGAAGUGUCUUAUGCUGGCUUAGAUUCGACCUUUGAUUGAUAGCAAAAAAGCGUUGGACGUGUGUGUGUGUGAGUGAAGACUAGAGGGAGAAGUGUAGUUUUGUUAGGGUUUUGUUGAAGAGAGAAUCGAGGAAGCUAUUGAAGAUUUGUGUUUGUUUGACACAUUCGCAUACUCUGGCCUUUGAUUUAAGGAGGAACGAAGUCCAUAGCAGAGCUUUUUGUCUCUCUGUGUUGAAGCUAUGCUUUAUAUGGUCACUCUUGGCUCUGAUCUGUGGCAUAGAUAGCUUUGAUUCUUGACAGCAUUUAUUGAGAAAGAGAAACAAGCAAUUAAGUAGAGAUUUUUUGUUCAUUCCUGUUGAAGAACACUGUUUGAUUCUGUACCGACUGAAAAUUGCAACAAUUGGGUUCGAGAACAAGCAAUGGAGGACAAAGAGAAGAGUUUGGACUCUCAACUAUGGCACGCUUGUGCUGGAGGUAUGGUUCAAAUGCCUCCUGUGAAUGCCAAGGUAUUCUAUUUUCCUCAGGGCCACGCCGAGCACGCCCUUGCCAGUGUUGAUUUUGGGGCCUCACGGAGGGUUCCGUCGCUAAUCCUUUGCAGGGUUGCUGCUGUGAAGUUCAUGGCAGACCCUGAAACUGAUGAAGUUUAUGCCAAGAUUAGGUUGGUUCCGAUUGGAAACAACGAGCUUGAUUAUGGUGAAGAUGGUGUUUUGGGGAGUAAUGGGUCUGAAGCCCCUGAAAAACCUGCUUCUUUUGCGAAAACUUUGACUCAAUCGGAUGCCAACAACGGUGGGGGUUUCUCCGUUCCUCGAUACUGUGCGGAGACUAUAUUUCCCCCCUUGGAUUACUCAGCUGAUCCCCCAGUUCAAACCUUAAUCACGAAGGACGUUCAUGGUGAGAUUUGGAAGUUUAGGCAUAUCUACAGAGGGACACCUAGGAGGCAUUUGUUGACCACAGGCUGGAGUAAUUUUGUGAACCAGAAAAAGCUGGUUGCUGGGGAUUCAAUUGUGUUCUUCAGGGCAGAGAAUGGGGAUCUAUUUAUUGGAAUACGGCGGGCCAAGAGGGGAAUUGUUGGUGGCCCUGAAUCCCCAUCUGGAUGGAACUCUUCUGCCGGAAAUUGUGUUAUGCCUUAUGGGGGAUUUUCAGUCUUCUUAAGGGGAGAUGAGAAUAAACUAAUGAGAAAUGGUAGUAGUGGGAAUUUGAACUCUAGUGGUUCGAAAGGAAGGGGAAGAGUGAGACCAGAAUCGGUUAUCCAAGCUGUGUCCCUUGCUGCUGAAGGGCAGCCCUUUGAGGUUGUGUAUUACCCUCGUGCAAGUACUCCGGAGUUUUGCAUUAAGGCUUCGUCUGUUAGGACUGCAAUGAGGAUUCAGUGGUGCUAUGGGAUGAGGUUCAAAAUGGCAUUUGAAACCGAGGAUUCUUCCCGGAUCAGCUGGUUUAUGGGAACUAUAGCUUCUGUUCAGGUUGCUGACCCCAUCCACUGGCCUAAUUCCCCAUGGCGGAUUCUCCAGGUUCGAGAAAAGAAGUGGCAGACGAAAAUCCACUACAAGCCUAGUCGGGUUGAAAAAGAUUUGGACUUCUUUUGUGUUUGAUGUGUAUAUUACCCCUUUGUUGUAAAUUGUAUUAAGUGGCAUCGUGUAUCUAUUCAACGGGUAAAAAUGGUUUUGAGACCUCGGCACCAUCUUUUAGGGUCUCGUUAGGAUUUUUAUCUUCUUUUAGGUUUAUAACUUUUCAACGAUAUAAUUUAAAGUCAUUUUGUUUAUGAACAUUGUAAUCGGACAUGUAUGAUGAAUGUAUGAUGAAAUCAAAAGUUUUCCUUA